AUAGGACCAGUAACCCCUCCCCGAGCCUGGGCCCUGUAGUUCUUAGCUUUGCAUCUCACUCCCUGCAGGAAGCUUCAGCCCCAGUGCUUUCCCAGGCACCAGUGCACACUUCCUUCAGCCUGCUCCUCCUCCCAAAGAACAAGCCAGACCGAGAGGGUGGGGGUCCUUUUACUUGAGAGUUGUGUAAGGAUGCAGAGGAUUGGGGUUUCUGGGGAAUAUUUUUCCAGAGCAAGAGGUGGAAUUUUUUAAGGGUCUUCAGAGCCCGUUGUGUUGACUUGCCCUCAAAUGUUGGCUUAUUGUUAAUGUUUAUGUUAAAAUUGGGCCUCUCCGAGCUUGAGUAACAGUUUGUCCGGCUUUCAGAUGCGAGUUUGAAAGAGCCAGUCCUGGAAGAGGAAACUGUCUUUUUUCGUGUGCCGUUGGUCUUACAUACCUGACUUUAGAAGUUACUUCAGCUAGAAGCCCUCACAGCUUACAGAUGUUUCCUCUAAAAACUAAGGCCUUGGGGUGGGAAUCGGGAGUGGUGGGAGGGAUUGACUUGCUAGAGUCUCCCAGAUACUAAAGAGCAACAGCAUGGAGUAGAAUAUUGGUGUCCUGAAUUGUCAGCCAGUUCUUCUAGUCCAUUCCAGUGUCGUUGUUCAAAAAAUUUUUUUCUAAUUAAAAUUGGGGACAGUGGUACCUUUAUUGGCCAGGUGCCUACUUGGAGAUAAAGUGCAAAGAAUGAGUGGCCCCGAUGCCAGACCAGCCAUGCUUCAACAGCUUGUGGGUAAUGGAGAACUCGCCCAGGUAGUGGCUUGAUCUCUGCCUAGCUGAAGGUCUUUCCAUUGUAGACGCCCACCUUGCUGCCUACCAUCAGGGGCAGGAUGAUCACAUCCCGAAGGUGUGUGUCUUCACUACCACUGGCUUCUUUCUCCCUGGGCGGUGCCCCCUUCUUGGCCUUGCACAGGGGCUUCAGCCUCAGGCCACAGUUUGUCCCGCCACUGCACACUGUAGUGCUGUAUCAGCUCUUUGUAGGACUCGUCCAGCUGCUGGUCCAGGUCCACACCACGGUGAGCCCCAGGUGUGUCCCAGAGGGAACUGGGUGACUUCUCUGGAGACUGUUUGCCAUGACACCCCAUCAAGGACCAGGGGAAUAAAGGGGGCGCCCUUCCCCAUGCCCCUCCCCUGGUCAGGUCCCCGAUGGCCUGGGUGAGGGCGGGCCGGCUGCUCUGACACCAUGGGGAGCUGCUGUGGCUGCCUGAGCAGAGACAGCGUCCCAGACAACCACCCCACCAAGUUCAAGGUACCCGGAGCCUCCUCCCUGGUCUUCUCAGUAGCUUUCUGGGCGCAGCCCUGAGCCCUCAAGUGCCACAGCUUCUGUGGGGAAAGUGGCAGGAUGGGCUGAGGUCGGGGUGUAGGAAGGGCAAAGAAAGGCCCAAGCCACUGCCACUUUUUGCUUCUCUUGUUGGCACCAAAAAUAAAUGCUGUACUGCAGGAGCAGAAAGGUGCUUUUAGAAUGUUCAUUGCUGCCUGUGUAUUUGUCACUAUGUAUACACCUUUUUCAGGGAAAAAGAACAAAAGUCUGUAUUUGUGAGUUAAAAUACACUAGGUAUUUUCAGUAGUGCGUGGUGCCUGGGAAGCCUUUUGGGGGGUUUGCCGUGGGAAGUUGAAGCUGGGCCUGCCCUCUAGGGGGCGCCACCUCCCCGCUCUGGGCGUCUUGAGGCGCAGUUGUUCUGCCCACCAGAAGAGGGGGCCCUCAGAAGCUCACCCUUGUGGGAGGUGGCAGCAGUAUGUACUGGUUCUGCCUUAGGCUGAUUUUCCCCAGGAUUUACAAUUUGGACUUAUUUUGGAGUGGGGAGGAAAGGGGACUGGGGAUUGAACCCAAGGCCUUUGCACUGAGCCAUAUUCCCAGCCCUUUUUGAUUUUUUAAAAUUUUUGAAACAGGGUGUUGCUAAAUCAGUAAGUUAACCAGGCUCCUCCUUCAGCCUCUCAGAGUGCUGGGAUUACAGGCAUGUACCACCAUGCCCAGCUCAUUUUUUAAAGUUUUGAGACAGGGUCUUACUAAAUCACUAAGUUACCAGGGCUGGGCUGGAACUUGCCAUCAUCCUCCCUCAGCCUCCCAGAGUGCUGGGAUUAUAGUCUUGCACCAGCAGGCCCAGUAGGAUUUUGAAUUUACAGUUGAUCCUCUUCCUCAUUAAAAUCUGAUCCUUGGAUACUAAGCUAUGGGGUGGCUCAGGUCACUCAACAUUGGUCAUCUCAUCGCCGGGCCUUGGAGGACAACUACCUACUUCUUCCCUCUGUGUCCAGAUGAUGAAACCGAGGCCCAAAAGGUGACGAACGUGGAUGACGAGGGGGUGGAGCUGGGCGUGGGGGUGAUGGAGCUGACCCAGAGCGAGCUGGUGCUGCACCUGCAGCGGCGCGAGGCUGUGUGCUGGCCCUACCUCUGCCUGCGGCGCUACGGCUACGACUCCAACCUCUUCUCCUUUGAGAGCGGCCGUCGUUGCCAGACUGGCCAGGGGAUCUUUGCAUUCAAGUGCUCCAGGGCCGAGGAAAUCUUCAGCCUUCUUCAGGAUCUGAUGCAGUGCAAUAGCAUCAAUGUGACGGAAGAGCCAGUCAUCGUCACCCGCAGUAGCCACCCUGCCGAGCUCAACCUCCCAAGGACUCCCCAGCAGCCCAGUGCUCUAGGCUACACUGUCUCCAGCUUCUCCAAUGGCUUCCCUGUCUGCCCUGGAGAGGGCCAGAGAUUCUCCACUCCCCGGCGGCCGUCCUCCAGCAGCCUGCGACACCCCUCGCUCAGGGAGGAGUCCACACACGCCCUCAUUGCCCCUGAUGAGCAGUCGCACACCUACGUCAACACUCCGGCCGGGGAGGAUGAGCCCCGCAGGAGCCGGCACUGCCUGCAGCCACUGCCUGAGGGCCGGGUGCCCCUCCCCGCACAGGCCCGGGAGCCUGGCCCUCGGGACCCGCAGGUCUUCCUGCAGCCUGGCCAGGUGAAGUUUGUGCUGGGACCCACACCUGCCCGGCGGCACCUGCUCAAGUGCCAAAGCCUCUGUCCCAGCCUGCAGGACAUGCCCCCCCCCCACAACAACAAUGAGGAUCCCUCUGAGUGCCCCUCGCAGCCCAAGUGCACCUAUGAGAACGUGGGCGGGGGCCUGCGGUGCGGCCCUGGCUGGAGACUGAGCCCCGAGGAGCCGGGCUGGGGCAGCCUGGCCCACCGCCGUGCCGCGCUGCUGCACUAUGAGAACCUGCCCCCGCUGCCCCCCGUGUGGGAGAGCCACAGCCAGCCGCAGCCCGGGGAGCCCGGGGAUGACGGCGACUCUCGGGAUGGCCUCACGCCCUCCUCCAACGGCUUCGGCGAUGGCGAGGAGGACGAGACCCCGCUGCAGAAGCCCACCAGCUCCCGGGCCGCUGCCCGAAGCCGUGGUGGCUUCCCCGUGCCACUGACCCGCCGCCGUGGCUCCCCAAGGGUCUUUAGCUUCGACUUCCGACGCCCAGGCCCCGAGCCCCCGAGGCAGCUCAAUUACAUCCAGGUGGAGCUCAAGGGCUGGGGUGGGGAGCAGCCCAAGGACCCCUCAACGCCCCGGGCCACCGCACCCAGCUCAGACUCCUACGCCGUGAUCGACCUUAAGAAGACUGCGGCCAUGUCCAGCCUGCAGCGGGCGCUGCCCCGAGAUGACGGCACUGCCCGGAAGACCCGGCACAACAGCACCGACCUGCCUCUCUAGGUGCCCCCUCGCCGGACGUCCUCUGCCCCUCUGCCCCGUCCCACCGCCGGGGCUGCUCAGGACUGGAUGCUUCCCUGCACUGCUGGGAUCCCUGCCAUUGUCACCCCUGAGGCUCCUGGUCCCCAAGCUGGGAAGGGGAGAGUGUGGCCGGGUGAGGAGGGAGCGCAACGCCAACUGUGAAGGGUCCUUGUGAUUGCAUUUCCCGCUGUCCCCUUCCGUCCAUUCGUCUCGUCGGCCGUCUGUCCAUCUGUCCAUUUGUGUGUGUUUUUUUUGGUUGGAUUUUUGAAACAUUUUGUACCUGUUGAUUUUAUUUAUCAGUUUAUUUUUCUAUUUAUUGUUUUAAAUGUAAUUUAACAUAUUUAUUAUUAAUAUAAUUAUUUUUAAAUUCUGG